AUGGCGACCCAGUAUCCACCCCCGUCGAAACGCCAGAAGCGGGCGCAAGCCGAGAUUGCGCGCCAACAACAAGACAUUGACACUACGAUACCCGAUGGCACAGUACGAGUGCGCUUCGUCGACCAAGCCACGGGCGAGAGUGGCAGUAUUCCAGUGCUCACUGUACCGCUAUCGCAAGCGUCGACUAAAAACCUCGAGCUCUUGCUCAACAAUCUAAAAGACCAAGCGGAUGAUCAGAUACCGUACCGCUUCUUCCCCGAUGGCGCAACCGAAGCGCUCGCCGACAAGGACGACUUAUACAAUGCCUUGGUCAAGCCCGGCAAGGCGUCAGCGGAAAAUGAGAUUGUGCUCCAGUAUGCGCCGCAAGCAGUCUUCCGGGUCAAGGCUGUUUCACGUUGCUCAGCCGCGGUUUCAGGUCAUGGCGACAACAUUCUGACAGUCAACUUCUCGCCAGUCAGCUCCAGCAGGAUGGCGAGUGGUAGCGGAGACAAGACAGUAAGAGUAUGGGACUGCGACACGGGAACACCAGUGCAUACCAUGAAGGGACACUCAAGAUGGGUUCUGGCAGUCAGCUACUCGCCUGACGGCUCCCUGCUCGCUUCUGGUGGCUACGACAACGAAGUGCGGAUAUGGGAUCCAAGCACUGGAAAGCAGAUUGGACCUGCUCUCAAAGGUCACACCAGCUUUAUCACAUCACUCUCCUGGGAACCCUACCACCUACAAGAGGCUGGUCGGCCACGAGUAGCGUCUUCGUCAAAGGACGGUACAGUAAGAGUGUGGGAUGCGGUGGGUGGCAGGAUUGACUAUGCCUUGUCUGGUCACAAGGGCAGUGUGACAUGCGUCAAGUGGGGUGGUACUGGACGGAUAUAUACCUCGUCUCACGAUAAGACCAUCAAGGUCUGGGAUGCUGCGAAGGGCACGCUCGUCGACACACUAUCAGGACACGCGCAUUGGGUCAAUCAUCUUGCUCUCUCAACAGACUUUGUCUUGCGCACAUCGUAUCACGACCAUACACGAAAGGUACCUUCUAGCCCUGAGGAGAAGCUCGCCAAAGCCAAGGCGCGCUUUGAAAAGGCUGCUACCAUCAACGGUGAGGUGGUGGAGCGCUUAGCGACUGCUUCUGAAGAUUGUACGAUCAUACUAUGGACGCCUUUGACUAGUAAGAAGCCAGUUACAAGAAUGACAGGCCACCAAAAGCAGAUCAACCAAGUCACCUUCUCACCGGACGGUGCCCUCCUGGCGUCUGCAGCAUGGGACAACCAUGUCAAACUAUGGUCAGCACGGGAUGGGAAGUUCCUCAAUACGCUGAGAGCGCACGUUGGCCCGGUAUACAUGACCUGUUUCUCUGCCGACAGUCGAUUGUUGGCGAGUUGCAGUAAGGACACGACGCUGAAGGUGUGGGACAUGAGGACUGGUAAAUUGAAGGAGGAUCUGCCUGGGCACAAGGACCAGGUGUUCGCCCUAGACUGGAGCCCAGAUGGCGAAAGGGUAGGAAGUGGUGGCGCCGAUAAGCAAGUCCGGAUAUGGAGCAACUGA